AUGCCCGCGAUGCCAAUGGUAUCGAUUGGCACCCACCGCUUCUUUACCUCGAUUAGUGGGCCUCCCCGCGCGCCUCAUGACCCACUGGUCGUCGUGCUCGCCGGCGCUGGCGAUGUCGCAUCGUCCUACACAGCCCUGACACCACUAGUGGCCCGAUUCGCUCGAGUCUUUCUAUACGACCGUACGGGCCUCGGCCACAGUGACCCGAGACCGGACCCGCCGCGAUGGGCGAGCACGGCCGUCAGGGCUGCGGAAGAGCUACACAGCCUUCUCCAGGCGACAAAUUUGCAGCCGCCGCUGGUCCUGGUUGCGCAUUCCUAUGGCGCCGUUGUAGCCCGUGAGUAUGUCCAUCUGUACGAUGACGAGGUCGCCGGGCUGGUACUCGCUGACGGCUCCACCGAGCGCCAGUGUGACUAUUUCCAGCUACCGGAUCCCAAUAUCACAGCGGUCCUAGGAGCCCUGAAGGUGGCGCAGGUGACCGGACUACGGGCAGACGCUCAACUGACGCGGGACGAAUGGCGGGACCGAGCGAUCGAUAUUGCGCGCGGGGCGGCCGCUGCGCAGGCGGAGGCCGAGUCCUACGUGGACGUCUGUCGGACGUUGGCGGAGAAGCAUCAGUUUCAGAGACAGGCCCUCGGAGACCGGCCGGUCAGUGUGAUUCGAUGCAAUAGCGCUCGAGACUUCGAACGCAUCUACGAGGCGGGCGUAGCGGUUGGUAAUGGAACGACUACGCAGCGGCAAGCGUUCCGGGAGUUGCUAGACCGAUGGGAUUCUAUUGACCAAGAGCUUAAGGAGGAGCAGCUUCGAUUGUCCUCGACGACGCAUUUCGUGCACCUGCCAGACUGUGGCCACAACGUGCAUCUGAUCCGGCCGGACGUUGUGGCAGAUGAAGUGCAGUGGGUGAUUGAUCAUUUGCAGAGCCGGAGAGGAAAUGACGCUGUGAAGCUCUGA